AUGGCCGAAUCGGAGAAAUCUGUAACAAGACAGCUACGAAACUCGACAUCUCUUACCACGUUCACGUUAUUUCCAAAGCUUCUCCCAGAACUUCGAUCGAAGAUCUGGGAGCUGGAGAUCUUCAACAACCCCAGAAAUAUCUUCAUUGGGAAACAUCAGCCAUCGGAAAACCAAGAAGGCCACUCAAGAUGGAGCGAACACUUCGGAUAUAUGUGCACAAGCGCUGUACCGGCGGUCCUUCAGACUUGCACGGAAGCUCGUACCGAAGGAUUGAAGUAUUACAAGCUGUUGGAGUGGGUUCCGGAAAUUUCGAAGGGGAAAAAGCGGUUGGUUGAAAAACCUGAGCAUCCGGCCAGAACGUACAUAAACUGGAAAGUUGAUAGGAUCGUCAUAUGCGAUGUGGGCAAAUUUUGGACCCAUAGUUUGCGUAUCUCUGAUAAUGCGGUUGGAAAGGUACAUAACUUCAGGAAACUCCACGAUGAUGACCGGAGUUCUGCAUACGAUCUUGCCCAGAAACUCAUCGAGAAUCGCGUGAAGUUUUUGGCGGUCGAUACGGGAAGUGAUCCGGAUAAAAUUGAAUCCUUUUUCGAGAGCGUCUAUCCUUGGGGAUGUCCGGUAGAAGAACUAAUCUUCUACAGUUCUGUACAGAAGAAUUUCGAUAAUGGAUUUUUUGGGUACGAGAUUCAUCGAAGGAGUCCACGUUAG